AUGUCCGCUACGCGGGUUGAUAACGCUUGUAAAACUCCCCUGCAGUAUUGCACCGAUUUGCAAAGUCUUAUUGAUAUAACCUUGGAUUACGUGCUUACUCCACUAAGGAAAGAACUCAAAAAAUCCAAUGACUACUGGGACAUUCUAAAUUUAGAGGUCCAAGACGGAGAGAAUAAAACAUUUGAAUACAUUGCGCAGCAAAUUUCGGAAAUUUGCAACGCGGAAGAGGAUGUGGCUGAUUCUAUUUUGCUGAAGUAUCCUAGUUCAAUUUCAUGCUUUCGUUGUUUGGGCAUUGACGAAGACACGAUUAACGGCCUUUUCUAUCUACGCGAUAUAACCUUUUUGAAGCUUUUGGAUAUGCCAGAGAAUGAGGUGAUGGGUAUCUUAAACGAUUAUAGUGUUUCUCAAGAGGACACUGAUCGAAUAUUGAUGGGUCUAUCAAAAAUACGCAGCAAUAUCGACUUGUUAGAGAGCGAUCAGCCUUUCGAAGACGACACACGGAAUUUGAUAAAGCAAGUUAUAAAACUGACUGAAAGGAGUGAACCCUUCCCUGAGUAUGAGAGGCUGGAUGGAUCCGUACUUCUCCAUUGUGAUCCGCUUUCCAGCCCUCCACUCUAUGUGACUGGACCUCAAGAAAUCGAGGAAAGUUCUUGUCCCGCAUCGACUCAUGAUUCUAACGCUGCAAUUGGCAAUCGGCUCACCCUGCGUUCAGGUCGGUUCAGCUCCGACCAGACGAGCGAAAUUGAGUACUUCAAUGAAGUAAUUUCCCCUCCCAUUCCUUCCCUCCGUUCUGGUGCAGAAAGUCAUCCUUCUUCGUGUUUUUCAAUAAAUAAUUCUAACCAGCAAUUCUCUUUUAAUCACCCCGCUUACGCUAUGGACCUUACGACGCAGACCUUAAAUAGAAAUUCUCGACACGCUAAAACGCCCGUACCCUUUCAACGUUUUUAUCGAGCUCUUUCCCCCGGGACACACCGAGCUAAUUCCGCAAAUAUCAAGGCAUGCAAUUUGGACGGUGGGCUCUCCGUUCCUUCCACACCUGCUCCUCGAGUUUUUGGAACUCCCAUUCAUCAGAAAUCCCCAUCGAGGGGUGCCUUAAUGUCGACGUCUUACACUAGCACCAACGACAGUCCUCCACAGCCACCUCAUUCACCUUGCUCCUUCUUCCAACGCAACUCGACACCUCGCGAAAGAGUACUCAAAAUGCCUACCACACCUCCCUCCAAACACCGAAUUAAGUUCGCUUUCCCCCUACACCGCAGUAAGUCUCACGAGUCCAACCUGGCCUGCAGAAUCUAUCCUCCACCUAUGGCGCCGGCAACGACAACGCUUGCCAACGGUUUCCUGAAAGGUGGUCAUGCGACGCCGAGGAGCACCACAAAACUGACCAAUUUCCACGCCACACCUGAGUCCCACUCCCCCACUGCAAAUGACUCCAACGUUUUCUGCUUCCCCACUCCGACCCACUUGGGGGCUGUCGCUCCCGUUUCACCGAAAUGCACCUCCCGACCAGAGCACCAGCCAAAUCUCGUCCACCACAACGGUCGGCUAACUGUCCCCCUCAAUGCGAACAGGUCUGCGAAUUUCCUUCCUCUACCAGGAAAUGCGCAUCGAUUCGAAAGUGAGGCGAAGUUUACAGACUUUGUUCGUCGUACGCCCUGCGCUGUGUGCAACGGCAGACUGACGUUGCGCUUUCCCCAUUGCGUUUACUGCAACAUGAAGACCCACAAGAACUGCGUUGCUAUUGCCUCAAAAAUGCCCUGUCCCGGCACUGCACGACUCAGCGACUCCACGGAUGUUCAUCGGGCUAUUACUAGUGCCACUACCACCAUUACCGCCGCUGCUGCCUGGGCGCUGGCGCGGGUAUGUGCACCACUCAUCACUUUUCCCACGCCCCGUACGUGCCCGCGCACACACAAAGGAGGCGGCGACUGUGCUCCCGGUGCUGCAUCUCUCUAUUCCUGGGUGUGUAAGUUGGGUGCGCCCACCUGCCUUGAAACCAGAAGCAGCGCUGCUCAAGAACUACCGGAGCGGCCGACAGGUAGUCGCGCCAACCGGAGUGGUCACGCUGCCCAGGUGCGAUCAGGCGAUGCAUGA